UUAAAUAUACAUCUUAAAAAUAUAAAUAUACACCAAGCAAAUUUCAAGGUUUAUCUCUGCCUCGCGCUGUACCAGUGUCCCACCUAUGGCAUCCAUUGGUUCUUCAUACUCUUGAUUACAAAAUUACUUUCCGGAUUGUUUUGACGCUUGACAUUCAGUGUGGAUCAGAGUUGAAGAAUCUGUGAGAUGGCUUUAACAUUCUUUAGAGGGUUACAUACCCAUUCUUUUCUGAUGUACCCAUCUUCAUUUCUUUCUAGAAAAAAUGGUAUGCUUUAUUGUACAAUGAAAAGCAUACGAGGGCAAACUGAAACACAAGAAAAAUCACAGCAUCAGCUGAAAGUAUCAACCCAAACCCAAUCUAGAAAGCAUGAUGACAUUUUUAAAAACUUUGAGGCAAUCAUAGGCAUAGAAACUCAUGUGCAGCUUUCCACUCUAACCAAGGCCUUUUGUAGCUGUCCAUACAAUUAUGGGGCCCAACCAAACACUAGUAUUUGCCCCGUGUGCAUGGGCUUGCCCGGGGCACUACCUGUUCUGAGCACAAAGGUCAUAGAGUCUGCCGUUAAAGUUGGUCUUGCACUUAACUGUAAUCUUUCUCUGAGUUCAAAGUUCGAUAGGAAGCAGUACUUUUAUCCAGACCUUCCCAAAGGGUACCAGAUAUCGCAGUUCGAUAUCCCAAUUGCAACUGGUGGUUACCUAGAUGUUGAUAUUCCUCUUGAGUUUGGCGGUGGACAUAGAAAGUUUGGAAUUACCAGAGUUCAUAUGGAAGAAGAUGCUGGGAAGCUGCUUCAUACCGGCAAUGGUAGUUUUUCUCAGGUUGAUUUGAAUAGGGCAGGAGUGCCUUUGCUUGAGAUUGUUUCUGAACCUGAUAUGAGAACUGGUAUUGAAGCUGCAGAAUAUGCUGCAGAAUUGCAGAGGUUAGUUAGAUAUUUGGGAGUAAGUAACGGAAAUAUGCAAGAAGGAUCACUUCGUUGUGAUGUCAAUAUCUCCAUUCGUCCAAUCGGGCAGCUAGAGUUUGGUACAAAGGUAGAAAUAAAGAACUUGAACUCAUUUUCAUCAGUGAGUAGGGCUAUCGAUUUUGAGAUAUCAAGACAGGCGCUUCUUCAUAGUCAAGGUCAGGCUGAUCAAAUUGUACAAGAAACCCGUCUCUGGGAAGAAGGAGCUCAGAAAACAGUUACGAUGAGGAAGAAGGAAGGACUUGCUGAUUAUCGCUACUUCCCAGAGCCUGAUCUUCCAGGAGUUACACUGACUGAGGAAUACGUUGAUGGGAUCCGUUGUUCCUUACCUGAACUUCCAGAAAUGAAGCGUCGAAGAUAUGAAGGAAUGGGUCUAAACAUGCAGGAUGUUCUCUUUCUUACCAAUGACAUCAAUGUUGCGGAUUUUUUUGAUUCAGCUAUAGCAGAAGGUGCUGAUGUAAAGCUGGCUGCCAAUUGGAUAAUGGGAGAUAUUGCUGCCUAUAUGAAAAAUGAGAAGUUGUCUAUUAAUGAGAUUCAACUUAACUCACACGAACUGGUUGAGCUUAUAUCUUCAAUUAAAGGUGGGACCAUAAGUGGGAAAAUUGGCAAAGAGGGAGAUUACUGAAUUAGUAAAUAGCAAGAAGGGAAGGGGAGGAGAAGAGAAGAAGAAGACAGAAACGAGGAGGAGGAGAGAAAACGGCCAAGCCAACUUUAUAAUUCUUAAUCAAUUCAUCAACUAAGAAAUUACAAACCAAUGAUAGGUUUAAAUAAUGAAAACCUAGAAAUAUAGGGCCAAGCCCAUUAUUCAAGUCCUAAUUAAAAUACGUAAACUUAAAUAAAAGUCCAACUAAAAUACUGAAACAAUAAUAAAAGUCCAACUAUAAAGGAUGUCCUCAUCAACUCUCCCGGGGUGGGAGAAAACUCGACCCUGUCGAGUGGAUAUAACACCGUAGACUCUCGUCAAUCUCCCAACCAUAAGCUGAGUGGUUGGGCAAGUGUCUUCCGGCGUCUGUAAAAAUGCGUCAGUGGCGGUCUGAACCUGGUGUCCUCAUCAACCCCCCUCGGAUGGACGGGAGGCGAUCUGGACCAAGGAAAAUCCUGCUGACUCCGAUAAAGCUGUAGCAAAUCUGGAUCCAAAAGCUGUAGUGUUUCCCUGGAGAUCCAUGCACAAUCAGAAUCUGGUCGACCAACCCAACGAACAAGGAAGCGCUGAACCUCUCCAUCACUAGUGAACACAGUUUCUUCAUCUAAAAUAGUAUCAAUUUUAUCUGUGUGUGCUGUGAGAGGUGGUAGUGGGUUAGAGGGGGCCAAAGAAUUAGGAUCAAGGUCCACAAAAGGAGGUAACAGGGGAUCAUCUGAGGGAAUGAAAUGGCCUUUAUAAGCUACAAGGUCUUCAACAUUGAAAGUAUGGUGGUAACCAAUGUGGGAUGGAAUGUCAACAAUAUAUGCAUUUGGACCAACUUGCUUUAAAAUUUUAAAAGGACCAGCACUACGAGCUUGCAAUUUGGAGGCGGGUCCAUGUAGACGCCGCUCUGGCCUAAUGCGAACCAUAACGUAAUCCCCAACAUUAAACUCAAUAUGUCGUUUAUGUAAAUCAGCUUGUAGUUUAUAAUUUGCAUUACUAGCUUCAAGUUGUUUAUUGAUCUCAAUGUGCAAAUCACGAAGGUGUUGUGCAAAUGCUUCGGCUGAAACUGACACUCUAGCCUGUGGGGACAUAGGGAUGAGAUCUAAUGGUUUCCUAGGCUUGUAUCCGUGAACGGCUUCAAAUGGACUCAUACCUAAUGAACGAUUUACGGAGCUAUUAUAUGCGAUUUGAGCGACAGGAAGGAUUAAAUCCCAAUUUCGAAGGUUCUCCCGGACCAGACAACGUAAUAAGUUACCAAAACUCCAAUUAACAACUUCGGUCUGACCGUCCGUCUGAGGGUGGUAGGCUGUAGAAAAUUUCAAUUUGGUACCCAUCUUGUGCCACAAAGUCCUCCAAAAAUGGCUAGUGAAGCGAACGUCCCUAUCGGACACGAUGGUCUUGGGAAGCCCAUACAGUUUGACAAUCUCAUU